GAGGAGACCCACCAGUCGGUCGUACGGGGCGCUCUUAAGCGGGCCGGAAAACUUCUUCCUAUCCGCGGUGUAAUCGCAAUAAUUUGAUAUCGCUGAUCCGAUUACGCAUCAUAAGCCGCUAUCGAGGAACCCAACCGGCGGCCCGGCACGGUUCCCGGUCUCGCUGAAGCGUCGCCGACGAGAGAGCGGCGUGCCGCGCUCCUACCGCUGCGUCUACCCGGGUCUUACCCGCGGACGAGCGGGCCCAAGAGCGCGGGUAGAAACGCGGGCCCGGAUAAGUCACCCUGGCGCUUACGUGACCUUCUCUAAAUCUCUUACAUCGCAUUCGUCAUCACGUCCGCACGUUAUCGCGCAACGAGUGUCUUUUUUUUUUCGUAAAGUUUGCAAGGGACUCAUUGUACGUACCCGUCUCCGCACGAACAGCAUCAAUGUGUUAGACAUCGUGUCUUUUUAACAGUCUGCCGUAGAUUUCUUCGAGUGCGUGUCAUUCGGCACGACCACGCCGCGUCCCUCUCUCUCUCUCUCUCUCUCUCUCUCUCUCUCUAAUUGUCACUCAAGUGCGAAGAAACGAUUCUCAAAGUACCAAGUGCCAUCGGAGUAACGCAAAGUGGAUUUACCUGCAGUCAAGCCAACGGCAUUAUGGACUACUCGUAUUUGAAUCAGGCCGCGGCCGCGGCAGCGGCCGGUUUCGAGGCCUCCAGCUGCGCUUUGGCCGCCGGCGAGAUGCAGUGCAGUUACGGAGACCUGAGCUCGUGCUCGCAGAUGAGCCAAGCGGCCUAUCGUUAUACCGCGGCACGAGCCGCCGGCUAUCCGGACGCGGCCGCUGCCGCCGGUGCAGCGGCCGGCGGCACGCCGUUGACGGCCCAUCAUACCGCGCACCCCCAUGCCCACGCGCACCAUGGGGCCCACUCGACCCCCUGCUCCGUAAUGGCCGCCAGGUCCCAGGAAGUCCAUCGGCACGCCGCCUCCAUCUUUCCAUCGGCCAUCAAUCUUCAGAGCGGUUUGGGAUAUAAAGCUUACUCGGGUCAUGACGGCCUCGCGGAGAAGAGAAAACAACGUCGGAUACGAACGACAUUUACGUCAGCCCAACUGAAAGAAUUGGAACGUGCAUUCCAGGAAACGCAUUAUCCAGACAUCUACACCAGAGAAGAAAUCGCUAUGAAGAUCGAUUUGACGGAAGCUAGAGUGCAGGUAUGGUUCCAGAAUCGACGCGCGAAGUUUCGCAAACAGGAGAGACUGGCCCAGCAGAAGUCCACGUCGCAGAGUGGCAUCGGAGCGGACAGCGGCGCGUCCAGCCCCGUGGCCGGCACCGUGAAGGCGGAAGGUCGCUCGCCGAGGAGUCCAGCGACGCCACCCGGCGGCUCGAACAGUGUGCUGUCGUCGAACGAGAUCAAGCCGAUCGCCAACCAGAGCCUGGUGAACGUGAAGCACACGGAUGGUGCAGGCGACGGCUCGCCCAACAUUCGAGGAAGCAGCGGCGGCGGUACCUGGGGCUCUUGCAGUCCCAGGCCCUUCUCGGCGGCCCUGCCGCCCUACCUGUUAGAUCCGCUGCCGCUGAAAACCGCGAAUCUUUACUAAACCGUCUCCUCCGUCACCGGCCUGACGAAGAGUGUAAAUACAGAGAGCCGCCCGCUCGUCAACACGGAGACGACACGCCGUUCAGGUUCAAGGAGCGUCCAGGUUUAUUUUCCGGGCCCCGAUUUCUCGUGGCAUACAAAUUCGUCGGCGUCCAUCCGUACGUGCGGUAUCUUUAAGGACUCCGGUAAGACGCGCCGCUCAUAUUUUUGACAAAGAUACAUUUAAGCAGUCGGGCGAACGGGCAAAAGGUGUGCCAGCUUGCUUUACGAGGUAACGUCUGUUGAGAUACAUUCCGAAAUUUGUGCGCUAACCAAGACAAAGCGUUAUAAAUGCCAAUCAUGGAAAAAUCAGGAAUCGAGAUGAAUAUAAUUUAGUAAAUUUCGAUUGUAAUAUUGUGCUGAAAUUGCGAAGCCAAUUAAAUACUGUCUCUUAAAUUUGAAAGGAGAAGUGAAUUCUCAACAUCAAAUAUUUGAGCAAUUUUAUAGAAUGUGCUAUAUUUAUUCUGCAUCCUGUGAUAAGUGUAGAAACGUUUGACUAAUAUAUUUCCUUGAUUUCUUUCCGGUUGCUUUAAUCUACACGUUGGCGUAUUUAUGGAUCGAGAGGAGGGAAAGGGAGUAGCGUACAAUUACACGAUGUAAAAUAUUGUUUUUGUUGAUACAAGUAUGCUGUAUUAUUUAACAUAAUAAUUGAAAAAAUAAUUUUAAAAAGGCAUAACUGGAGAAACGCUGUUUUAAGAUAUUACUAUUCAGAUUGAAAUUGAGACCUACUAACCUAAAUAAUUGAAAAGUAAUAUAAAUCAAUUUAAAUUCGUAUCAGAAUACAUUCCGACUGAUAUCGAAGAUAAUGGACUUUGUACCAGCGUUUACUCUAAACGACAACUUUAAUGUUCCCGACGAAUAAAAUAGAAUUAUAAAUUUGAUUAUUUCGCUUAAUAUGUCCAAAUUGUGCAGAUAAAAUAAUUCUAUAUUUUUUAAGACUAUAUCUUGAUUAAAAAAACAAUGAAAUUAAUCUAAACGUGAUAUUAUGUAAUCAUAGAAUUAAAUGUAAAAGCUCUCUUUUUUUAAAAUUAGAAAUUUAUUUUAUAUUAUUUUUAAUUUACUGUGGAUAAAUGAUUUUCUUGGAAAUUUAAUGAACCAAUAACUUUCAAUGCAGCUUUUAUUUGGAGUAUUAAAUGGAACUAUUGGGAUUAUAAAUUCAAUGUAAUCUUUAAGGUACUCCAUAUAUAUUACGUCAUCUUUAUUUACUUGUUUGUUUCAUUAUAAUUAUAAGAUAAAGAAGACAAGUUUCGUCCGAAACAAUGAAAAUGUUAUUAGAGCAUCGCUCUAAUUCUCGGGACGUUAAAUUUUCGUUUUCAGUACAUGCUUUCCAUCCGUAUUAUUUUCCAUUGACAAUGCCAAUCUAGAAUUAACACAAGAGAAACACAGCGUAGAAUAGUAUCGAUAAAAAUACUAUUAAUGACGCGAUUACUACUGGACUUAACGGACUUAGUUUUUCGGGAUUGAUUUAAAUGCUGAAAAUUAUGACUACAUUGCGAAAAUCUCUUAUGAUAUUUAUUAUGUGUAUCAAGUAGCGAAAAACAUAUAUUUCCACAGUAAAAUCUUUGAUGCAAAUACCGAAUGUACUUCGCACUGAUUUAAUGCGCGAUUCCAGCGACCUGUCGAAUAAUUAAUUGAUUAAAAAUUAGAGCAGCGAUCAAUAGAUUAAAAAAAGGAAAAGAAAGCAAAGGAAAAGAAAGUCUUGCUUGGUGUCAAAAUAAAAGUGACUCUCAAAAAAUUUAUUUUGCUAAAUUACAAGAAAAAAAAUGUUCUGAGAACAGUAUCUUUGCGUUAAUUCUUAAAUUAUAUUUCUGAUUAAGGUUUUAUAUUCAUUUCAACAAAAAAAUAUAUAUAUAGUAACAUCUGCAUUUUUUAUUUCAAUUUUGUUCAGAAUAUUAAUAUUGAUAUAUAAAAGAAAAUAAAAAACUAAUAGUCAAAAUUUGAAUCCAAUUAAAAUGUCAUGAUACAGUAAUUGAACAAGGCUAAUGAAAAUAUGGUGCAAUUAUAAAUGUGCAAAUUAAAAUAUAAAAAUUUUCAUAUUUUAUUAAACAUGUAAAACAAGCAUUUUGAUUUUCUUUAAAAUCAUCUUUAGUGCACUAUAACAGAAAUCUAUAAAAUCCAUAAAUCUAUAAAUUCAGACACUCUAACGGUAAUCUCGUUCUUUUUCUGCGAACAUUUACUGCGUAUUAUUGCGUAUUCAUGCUGCGUAUUGUUAUAGAAUUGUUUUAUAUUCAUAUAAAGCUUCUUUAUACGUUCUCAGUCUUUUCGGUGAAUCAUUUUACGAACAUUUUUUGUUUAAAAUUAAUGUAGCUUUCAGUAUUAAUAGUGUUACAUAUAUAUAUAUAUAUAUCUUCAGAAGAAGUAUUUUAUCUCCUCUGUCAGUACACUUUACAGCUGAAGGAUGCCACUUCGAAUUCGGCAACCUGAUACCGAUUCAACUUAAUUGGAUUGGAACAAAAUUUAUGGAUUUCUGUUAUAGUGCUCUGAAGAUCGCUCCAAAGAGGGUCGAAACGUUUGCUUUACACGUUUAAUAAAGUAUGAAAGUCUUCAAUUUGCGCAUUUACAACUGUGCCGUAUUUUCAUUAGUUUUGUUCAAUUAUUUGUAUUGUUAAAAUUUUGAGAGUCCAUUGAAUCAUUACAUCUGAGAAUAUUAAGUUGUCACUUCAAUUGAUUAUUAAUUUUAUAUCUAUUUUAUAUAUUCUAUUUUGUUAUAAAACUUCUGUUGCAGAGUUAUGAUAUUGCAAUUUGUUAAUUUCAAUUCUCUCUCAGUAAAAAGUGUAAAUUUAGAGUGUACAAAACUCUACGAAGAAAGUCUUAUAUCAAGAAUCGCUGUAGCGCGAGACGAUUGAUUCGCGUUAAUUCGCAGAUCGACGGAAUUUCUUCUUAGGAAGUCCUUAAGAUAAAUACUUACAUACCGUCCUGUGUGUCUCGUACCAAGAAGAGCGAGGGUACCUGUCUUAUCACAAUAUACGAUGGACAAUUUCGGCAGUGGUCUGACUCGUUCGUCGUGCGCCAUUAACGAGCGCAUUAUUCUGCGUAUGUAUAGUUUAUCGAUUACGACUGAAUCUAUUUUAUAGUGAGAUGUAUAAAUGUACAUUAGUUAAGACGAAGGUAUG